AUGAUUGCUCCAAGGUCUUUUGUGUCUGGUCAACCGAAAUCUGUGCUGCAGGGUCUGGAACACCUGUUGGGCGAGCCUGUGCAGUGCCAGAUAAUCUCUGAGCCUGGGCUUGUGCUUGCAUUUGCAGAACUCUCUGUGCCAAAGCAGCUUGGUCAACACCAGCGUUCAGAGCAGGAGGAGUCGCCACAGCCUCAUUCGCAACACCAGCUGCAACACCAGCUGGAGUUGAGAUCGAAGAUGGGAUACCAGAUGGAUUAA